CGAGUCCCUGCUCUCCCUCUCCCCAGGUACGGCUUUGUGGAGUUCGAUGACCUGCGGGACGCGGACGAUGCCGUGUACGAGCUCAACGGGAAGGAUCUCUGUGGGGAGAGAGUGAUUGUGGAGCAUGCCCGAGGCCCACGGCGUGACAGCAGUUACAGUUCUGGACGCAGUGGAUAUGGUUAUAGAAGAAGCGGAAGAGAUAAGUACGGUCCUCCCACCCGUACAGAAUACAGAUUGAUUGUGGAAAAUUUGUCAAGCCGCUGCAGUUGGCAAGAUCUUAAGGAUUAUAUGCGUCAGGCAGGGGAGGUGACAUAUGCAGAUGCACACAAAGGAAGGAAAAAUGAAGGUGUGAUUGAGUUCAAAUCCUAUUCUGACAUGAAAAGAGCCCUUGAAAAGCUGGACGGGACAGAAGUAAAUGGCAGGAAGAUUAGAUUAGUGGAAGACAGACCUGGAUCGAGGCGGCGCCGCUCUUACUCCAGAAGCCGAAGCCAUUCGAGGUCUCGCUCUCGAAGCAGACACUCUCAUAAGAGCAGGAGCCGCAGUGCCAGCAGUAGUCGCUCCAAGAGCAGAUCAAGAUCCAGGUCUGUGUCCCGUUCCAGAAGCAAGAGCCGUAGUCGAAGCAAGAGCCGUAGCAGAGGCCAAAAAGAGAAAAGCAGGACUCCAAGUAAAGAGGAUAAAAGUAGGAGCCGCAGCAGGAGCGCAGAGAAAUCCCGACACAAAAGUAAAGAUAAAUCUGAGGGCGCUCUCCAUAACAGUGAUGAGAAGGCAAAGAGCAGGAGCCACAGCAAGGAAAAGAGUAGGAGCAGGAGUGGGAGUAAGGACAGGGGAGAGACGAGGGAGAGCAUGAGGAGCAGGAGCAAGGAGAAGAGUAGAAGCAAAGACAGGGAGAAGAGCAUUAGCAAGGCUAAAAGCAGGAGCAAGAGCAGGGAUGAGAGUAGGAGCAGGAGCCGCAGUAAGGAUAAAAGGAAAAGCAGGAAGAGAAGCAGGGAUGAGAGCAGAAGUAGGAGCAGGAGCCGCAGCAAGAGCGAGAAAAGCCGGAGGCGCAGCAAGCGAGAGAGCAAACCGAGUAGCAAGAAGAGAAGGAAGGAAAGCCACGAGCGGUCCAGGUCAGCCUCCAAAGACAAGGAGCAUCAGAGAGCAGAUUCUGACAAAAAGGAGGCGAGAGCUGAGGGUGAGGACACGGCCCCACAUCAGGCGUCUCGCUCCCGGUCUAGGUCGAUUUCCAAGUCAAAACCAAAUGUCAAAUCCGAGUCUCGUUCCAGGUCUAAGUCUGUCUCAAAGCCUAGGUCCCGGUCCAAGUCUAGGUCUAGAUCUGCCUCUAGGUCACGCUCCAGGACGCGGUCAAGGUCUCGCUCCAGGUCCUGA